CUGGAGCAGACGGAGGACACACGGACACACAGACCGACAGACAGACAGACAGACGGUCGGCCAGUCUCACCGUCACAGGCAGCGGAUCACAGCCGAGCGGAGAGAGCCGAGUCCCGAUUCAGUGACCAUGUCGGUCGGCCCGACCCCCAGCAGCGCAGACGCCUGCCUCAGCAUUGUCCACAGCCUGAUGUGCCACAGACAGGGAGCCGAGAACGAGGGCUUCGCCAAGCGGGCCAUUGAGAGUCUGGUGAAGAAGCUGAAGGAGAAGAAGGAUGAGCUGGACUCGCUCAUCACCGCCGUCACCACCAACGGCGUCCAUCCCAGCAAGUGUGUCACCAUCCAGAGGACGCUGGACGGACGGCUGCAGGUGGCGGGGAGGAAAGGUUUCCCUCACGUGAUCUACGCCCGUCUGUGGCGUUGGCCCGACCUCCAUAAGAAUGAGCUGAAACAUGUGAAGUUCUGUCAGUACGCCUUCGACCUGAAGUACGACAGCGUGUGUGUGAACCCCUACCACUAUGAGAGGGUGGCGUCCCCCGCCACCACAGGUCCUCAGUCUCUGAUAAAGGAGGAGUUCAUGCAGGACUGUCUUCAGAUCGACCUGCCCCCCCACACUGACCCCUACAGCCAGCCCCGCCCUGUCAGCAUGUAUCCCAGCAUGCCCCUCUCCCCUCCAGGCAGCAGCUCCAUGACGGCUGCAGCUCUGUCAGCUGUCGGCUGUGGGAGGAGCGGAGGGGGAGUCGGGGGUGUGUGCAGCGAGGGCCCCGGCCUCCUUCAGAUAGCCCCACCUCCGAACCACGGGGGCCACGCCUCCCCCCCUCACCCAAACCCUCCUCACACCCCUCAGCCUUCUCACCCCCCUCACCCUUCUCACCCCUCCACCCCCACCUCUCCACAACAGCCCGACUACAGCAGCCCCCCCAAAACUGCCACCUGGCCAGGUAACAGCCCUGCCCCCUACAGCCCUGCAGGACCACCACAGAGUGGGCGGGGCCACCAGCAGCCUCCAUUACAUCAUCACCACGCCCCCAACACUCACUUCUGGUCACAGCAUCACAGCACUGCUCCGUAUCCACAGCCAGUGUCCAACCAUCCAGGUCCAGAGUUCUGGUGCUCCAUCUCGUACUUUGAGUUGGACAUCCAGGUCGGGGAGAUGUUUAAGGUCCAAUCCAGCUGUCCUCUGGUGACAGUGGACGGUUAUGUGGACCCUUCAGGAGGAGACCGUUUCUGUUUGGGACAGCUGAGUAACGUCCACCGCACCGCCUCCAGCCACCGAGCCAGGCUCCACAUCGGUCGGGGGGUUCAGCUGGAGUGUCGGGGGGAGGGAGACAUCUGGAUGCGUUGCCUAAGUGACCACUCGGUGUUCGUCCAGAGUUUGUACUUGGACCGUGAGGCGGGCCGAGCGCCAGGAGAUGGAGUCCACAAGAUCUACCCUGGAGCUUACAUCAAGGUGUUUGACCUGAGGCAGUGUCACAGACAGAUGCAGCAGCAGGCGGCAGCAGCUCAGGCAGCAGUAGCGACUCAGGCAGCAGCGGUUGCCGGUGCGAUACCUGGUCCAAACAAUGUGGGGGGGAUCGCCCCCGCUGUCAGUGUGUGCUCGGCAGCAGCAGGUCUGGGCGUGGACGACCUGCGCAGGUUGUGUAUCAUUCGUCUGAGCUUCGUUAAAGGUUGGGGGUGCGAUUACCCGCGUCAGAGCAUCAAGGACACCCCCUGCUGGCUGGAGGUGCACCUGCACCGAGCGCUGCAGCUGCUCGACCAGGUGGUGGAGCUGGUGGUGGAUAACUGUCGCUCCAGUGACGGAGAGGUUGAAGGUUUGACAGACGAGUACACGGAGCUGGAGAUCCUCAGCAUGGUGAACGUCGGCAUCUCUUCGCUCUCCAAACUGCCGUCACUGCCCAAACUACGCAAGCUGGAGGUGAGCGAUAACACCAUCUCAGGAGGUCUGGACACACUGGCAGAGAAAUGUCCCAAUCUGACGUACCUGAACCUGAGUGGGAACAAGAUUAAAGAGCUGAGCACCAUCGAGACACUGCAGAAUCUAAAGAACCUUAAGAGUCUGGAUCUGUACAGCUGUGAAGUGUCCACACUGGACGACUACAGAGAUAGCGUCUUCGAGCUGCUGCCUCAGCUCACCUAUCUGGACGGAUAUGACCAGGAGGACAACGAGGUGCCCGACUCAGAGGCCGAAAACGACGACGACGACGAUGAAGCCGGUCCACCUGGAGGCGAUGACGAUGAUGAGGAUGAAGAUGACGAGGAAGGCUCAGAGGGAGACGACGAAGAGGAGGAGGUGGGCCUGUCAUACCUGAUGAAAGAGGGAAUCCAGGAUGAGGAAGAUGAUGGAGACUAUGUUGAAGAAGAGGAGGACGAAGACGAGGAAGAGGAAGAUGGAGAUGUGGACGGUGUUCAGGGGGAGAAGAGGAAGAGAGAUCCAGAGGAUGAAGGUGACGACGAUGAUGAUGAAUAGUCGAAUCACCUUCGCUCCCCCCCUUGUCCUCCCUCCUCCUCCUCCUCCUCCUCCUCCUCCUCCUCCUCCUCCAGUGACCUCUGACCCUGCCAGGUGUCACCUCAGAGCCGCAGACAGACAGGAAACAGGUUGAGGAUCAGUUCUCAUUAUACAGCGCUGUCAUGUGACUGAUGAUGUCACCUUUCACCUGGUAACCUGAUCAGAUCACAGAUCAGUACUGAUGAACAGGAAACUGGACCACAGUCAUGUUUUCUCUUUGUCUUUAUUUACAACCACUCUGACUAACAGGUUUUCAUGGUGGAAAGUAACUCAAUACUUUUACUGCAGUUCUGUACAGAUACAGUCGGAGAUACUCACACUGGUUUUAGUUACUUGUUCAUCCGCAGAUUUUACUUAUAAAACUUUUCAUCAACUUCAUCAUCGUAACUCUCGUGGCCACAAAGAUCCAGAUUGUUUCAGUUAGUAGGAUGUCAAUUUGUAAAACAUAAAAAUACAGUGACGGGCAGUUUGAUGUUUUCACGUGACAGUGUGAAAACACGUUGCUAACAGAUUUGCUGUUAGAUAUGCUGAUAUUAACAUGUUUGUGUCUGAUCUGAGAUCAGUUUCUCACAAACACAAGUCGUUAGUUCAUCUGUCAGCUGUGAUUGGCUGCAGCCACAAAGAGCACCUUGGGUCAAAGGUCGACCUAUUUUAAAUUUUAUAAACUCUGUUUUGUAAAGACUCGAUUUCGUAAAAACUUUAUACAUCAUGCAAAAAAAACUGUAAUUAAUCCAUUAAAUUGUAUUUAAUUAAUUUAAUGAGGUGUUGUUACACAUGACAUCACACACACGCACACACACACACACACCAGAGUAUAAAUACACAACAACAUACUGCUCACGUUACGGCAUAAGAAAUAUUAUAACAUGAAUAAUGAUGAUAAUAAUUAACUGUGGUGUUUGUACUUUUACUUCAGUAAAUAUUCAGAGUAUGUCUCCUCUGGAUCUGUUUGAUCCUUUAGUUUUAUUGAUCUGAUCAGGAGUUCACACACAUAGCUUGACUUUCUGUUUACAUCUGUGGUGAUGACUGCAGAUGAUCAUCAGUAAUUAAUAAUCACACAGUUUGAUUUGGUUUAUCCUGAACCAGACCCAGUCUGAUCUAAAGACUACAGUACCCAUAAUCCUCGGCUCUCUGAUUGGAUGAUUGAGACACCAGUGCACUCUGGGAUGUUUCUGUCUUUAUUUUAAUAUGACUGUUACUGCAUUAACCCCUGACCCCGCCCCCUCACCUGUCACCUCUCCAUCUGCCGCUCUCUGCUCCUCCUGGACUCUGUGGGUCUUGACUCUGGUCUCUGUCGGUCCAGAAUGAGGACCUCUGUGGGGCCAGACUCUGGACUCUGCGUGACCUGAAUUUGGAUUCUGUAGGUCCAGACCCUUGACUCUGUGGGUUCAAAGUCUGGACUCUGUGGGCUCAGACUCUGGUCUCUCUGGGUUUUGGACUUUGGUCUCUUUGGGUCCAGGCUCUGGUCUCUGUGGGUCCAGACUGUGGUCCCAGCAGGUGGGUCCAAGCUCUGUUCUCUUAGGGUCCAGACUUUGGUCUCCACAGGUGGGUCCAGUCUCUGGUCUCUGUGGGUCCAGGUCUUUGUGUAAAUAGAAGUGAAGUGGUCUCUGUAGGUUUUUUGUCGUCCAGUUUGAAUCAUUUUAUUUUUUUAUUCCCGUUUUCUUCUGUGUCGCUGUAAUCACCAGAGUUUUUCAAUAAAAAACAGAACGGA